AUGGAAAAUCAAUCUCAGAAUGUGAUAGCAAACAUGAAAUCUGGAGAUAAAAUUACUUACAAGACCGGCACCAAUUUUGAAAAGGAAGAAACUAAUAAAAUUGUACAAUUAGGUAACUAUUUAUUUCGACUCAGUCAAGUCAAAAAAAGUAUUCAUUUCUCAGAUUCUAAAGAAAUUCAUCAAGAGAAACGACAAUUAUUGGAUUUGAAUAACAAUGAUGAAAUAAAUAAAACCCAAACUACUCCAAAUUCUAAUAUAGUACACGGAGAAAGUAUCCAUGAAAACAAGAAUAAAUCUAAAAUAAUCAUUAAUGAUGCAAGUACAACAUCAAAAUCAGUAACUAGCAAGAACGUAGUACAACCGACUACUUCAAGUGAAGAAUUUCAUAGUAUCAUAAAAGACCAAGAUAUAAUAAAGUCCACAGAAAACAAAGAAAAAAAACGCUCGAUUCAAUCUGGAAACUUUCUGUUUACUAGUUGGAUGGAUUCGCGAGAAGAUAAUUUUUCUUUAUGGGCAAGUGCUAAAGACUCACUGCGAGAAUGGCAAUUUCAAACUCGAUCUGAUCAUCGUUUAGCUGAAAUCAAGUCUAUGUUUGAAUUUGAUCGUACUUGUCCAUCAUCAUUUGGUAGUUUGAAGAUAUUAUCACCAUCUGAUUUAAAAGAGAUUAUUAGUCGUGCAUCUAUUAAUGCCUAUUUUGAUAUGAUUUGUCGUGAUGAUUCGACUACAGUUGAGAUUGGUGAAUAUUUAAAUUUGAGUAAAGAAAAUAUUUUUGGUGGAACCGAUUAUGAUAGUCACAAUGAUAAAGUAACAUUCGUAAAUGUUAACUUAAAUCAAUCGACCAUCGAUCUUGCUGAUAAUCGCGUUGAUUUCAUAACAUGUUUUGUUACUCUUCAUCAUGUUCCUCAGUUGAAAUUAAUACUUUCUGAGUUUGUUCGUAUUUUACGACCAAGUGGUUAUCUUAUUAUACGUGAACAUAAUUGCGAAAACAAACGUUCACUUACAGCCAAAUAUCUUAAUUUUGUUCAUGCCUUUAUGAUGAUUGCACAUGUUGGUGAAUUUGCUGAUGUUCAAAGAAAUCAUUUGAAUCAAAAUGAAGUUCAAUCUGAUGAUGAUUCUGUAAGUCAUACAAUUGACUGGAAACAAGAAAAAUUAAACAUUAUUAAAUAUACGAAAUCAAUUCAAUAUCGAACACGUACUGAAUGGCAGCAGGAAAUAGAGAAUGUUGGUUUUCAUCUCAAAGCUACACUUGAGUAUAAUCAAAGUACAUUGAAGAAUCCUCAAGAGUUAUUUUAUGCUGUUUUUCAACUAAAUGUAAAAUGA